AUGGCAACAGAAGAAUACCAGGAAGAAGAUGCUUUUUGUUUCAAUGUCGGAGGCUGGUUCUUUUCUGUCCCCAAAUCAAAGCUUUCGCAAUUCCAAGACUCCGUGUUAUGGCAAGAAGCUUCCAGCCUUGCUCUGUCUGAAGAAGCCAGGCUUUUCAUCGAUCGAGAUGGAUAUACAUUUCGUCACGUCCACUAUUACCUACAUACGUCAAAGCUCUCUUUCUCCUGCUUCUCAGAAAUCAGACUGCUGUAUGAGCAAGCAACAGCAAUGUGUCUGACAUCUUUACAACAGGCUUUGGAUAAUAUGAAGGAGGGGAGGCAUCAUUUGCGUAUACGUCCUGCAGAUGUGCCCAUCACUAAGAGAGCGAGCAGAAAUUACUGGCGUACCAGGUGUAACAGCAAGCCUUCAGAGUUCCAGAUUAAAAGUCCAGCGUUCACAGGACUGCAUGAUAAGGCUCCACUGGGGUUGAUAGACACCCCACUGCUGGACACUGAAGAAGUCGUGCAGUGGUAUUUCCUCUCUUUAGACCUGGUGAAGAAGUACCCCACUUUAAUCAAUGAUGACAACCUCCUGUGGCUGUGUGAGGGGGUGGUCCUGAUCGAGAUCGGAUGGAGUCAUUUCCGAUUUAUAGCAAAUUUCCUUCAGACUGGGAAGCUCCUUGUGCCUAAGAAAUUUUCCGAGCUGGAUGCUCUUGUUAAUGAGGCCGAGAUCUUGCAACUGCCAGAGCUUGUUAAAGCCGUGAAAUCAUACAGGGUGGACGUUGGUGAGAAUCCUAAGGACAUUACAAGUCCAGUCAGUUCUUUGCAUUACACUGAAGGGUACUGUAACCCUGUGUGCAAUACUCCAGAGAAGCCAUUGUAUGUCCUUGUCCUGGAAUUGUUAGUUAAAUACCCCGAUUCAGCAUUGGGACAACUCUGCAUUGAGAGCAGCCUCAACGGGAUGAAGCUGUAUAUUUUUGGCAAUGGUGUUCUCUUUAAACAUGUCAGAAGCUGGCUGGGAACCUGCCGCCUGCCUUUAACUGAAGACGUCUCCCAGAUGGGUGCAGUGUGUGUGUACCUGGACAGACACGACUGCCUGUACCGGCCUGUGAAGGAUGCCAUGCGACUGUAUCUACAGAAACGGAAAAGCGAGACACUUGGCCCAGGCUUUACUAUGGGCGCAGUGGAGGAUAGCUGGACACCCGAGGUGGAUAUCCAUACUCUUCACCAGAUCGUGAAGGUUUAUGUGGGAAACUAUUGGUAUGCCACUUACCUGAAGACCUUUCUGAAGUACCCAGAGCUCCUCGCCAACCCUAACAAAGCACAAUGGAUUGCAUACGGCAAGACACUUUUCAUCAGUGGGGACGGUCAGAUGUUCAGGCAUAUUAUCAACUUCUUGAGGCUUGACAAACUGUACAUCCCUUCAGGAUUCAAAGAAUGGCCAUUACUGUGUCAAGAAAUCGAAGAGUGUAAAAUUCCUGCCCUUUCUGAAGCCAUGCGUCAAUGCGAGUCAUACAGAAUGUGGUGCGGAGAAAACGAUGCAGAAAGUGUUGCGUCGAUCUCGUCGGUGGAAUCCAGCGCUGGUUUUGAAGAGGAGGAGAAUGUUUUGGAUCGGCUCGUACAGAAGAAAAGGAAUGAUAUUAUGAUCGGAACCAAUAAAUCCUCCACUCUGGAAAUGAAGCCAAGAGUUUGGGACCAGUUUGAUCCCAGUGGCAACACGGUACAGUGCCUAGUUAACCCGACAGUGAAAUCGGAAUUGAUUGGACAAACCGAGGCUAACCAGGAGAAGCUCUCGCUUGCCAACUUCCCUGUUACAACGCCAACAGCCGAAGAUUCUGCAAAGCAAGGCUUGCUUGGUGCCGAUGGCUGUUUACAGUGUAAUUUUAUUAGCACAUCAAUAUGGAAUGGAAAGGAAUUUGACGAGUCUAUGGAAUGUAAUAAUUUUGAUGCUUGGCCACUCAGCGCUGGAUUCAUUCUAAAAGUUCACCACCCUCUUUUGCUGGGGAAUGACGGCAGCUCUGUCUUUUACACAGACGGUGUGUUAUAUAUGGAGAAGCCGAUUGACAUAGCUGAUGCACAUUGUAAUAAUCACUCAGCGAGGAGCCAGCUCACUGAUUUAGCUUCGCUCACAUUUAACUUGUCCCACGAAGAAAUAUUUUAUGCUCGUGAAUGUCAUCACUUUUUGACUGGGAUCAUCCUGGACUCCUACACGUUGAAGGAUCCUCAAAAGAUUACUUGGGAAAUUCUACACUUGGUGAACAUUCUCUGGACAAAACAGAUACCACCAGAAAAAUUUGUGACAAAAUUGCUAAAUAUGAAGGCCUUCAGAAACCAAAAGCAAGCGCAUGAGAAGCUGGUAAAAUGGGUGAAGUUGACUCUACCAUUUGCUCAGAAGUACAGCCAAUGCAUGGAAAUAUUGUUGAAGAAAGGAUAUUAUAAAUCUGUGUCAUUUUCAAUGAUAGGAAACUAAUUUCCAAAUGUCACUGUAGAAAUGUACAUAAGUCCAAAUCUAACUAUUCAUAGCAAUUAAUUAUUAACUAGAUUUUAAAACUGCUUAAUUGUACUUAGAAUGUCAAAAUCUGCAGUAUGGAUAUUCAGGAAGUAAAACUGGUCAGUACUGUGCAAUAAUCACAUCUACUUUGCUCUUUUACCACCAUUGAAUCAUUUGUAAUGAAAAGCAUAAUUAACUUUCUCUAUUGACUAGUUUUUACAAGUCUGCCUUAUGUGUAACUCUAGUUCCGGCCACAAGAGGGCUCUUAAAUGAUAAAUGAAUUUGUCAGCAGUGUUUACAAAAAUAUAAUUAUAUUCCAAUGUUAAUGUUUGGAUCAGAGGAUAGAUUAUAUGAUAAAAACAAGGUAAGUGAUUUUUUUCAAUGUUAUUGCCUAUCUAGUCUUAACCAAUAAGAAAUUAUGAUCAAUUUAGCAGUAAAUGUUCCACUUUUAAAAGCUGCACUAACUUUUUAAUAAAUAAU